AUGAUUAUAAAUCUUAUUCCUAAUGAAGAAUCUCGAGAAAUAAAUUCUUCAAAAUCAAUAAAACAAGAUUAUUUAAUUGUAAAUCAAGUUUCUGAUCAACUUCAUGUAGCUCAACAGGAAAUAAAUAAUUUACGUCUUUUAAAUGUUUGUCUUCAAUCGACAUUACUUCGUGUACAAACUCAAUUAAUUGAAUAUAUACCAUUAAAUAUUCAUGAUGAAAUUAAACGAAAUAAUACGAAACAAACAUUAGCUUUAUUACGUCAUACAGAUGAUCAUACUCGACAAGUUAUUCAUCAUCAACAAGUAUCUUUUUCUCAAUUGUAUGAAAAUUUUCAAAAUUUAUUUCAAACUAAACAACAAGAACAAAUAAAUCUUAAACAUACAUCAUCAUCAUUCUUAAAAAAUGAAAAACAAAUUGAUAUUUUACAUGAAAUGUUUCAUGAACUUAAUACAAUAAUACAUACAGAACAUAAUGAUAGAAUUAGUCAACUUUAUAUAACAUUAGCACAAACAUCUCAAUCUGUAAAUAAAACACAAGAAAGUAAUUCGGUUUUUUCUUGA